AUGACCGGGAACCGCGCAGCUCCCUACCCUCUCCCCGAGAAAGUUGAACGGCGCAAAAACGGGGUCAAUGCGAAAGUUACGGAACCAAGUACGGAACCGUUGCUGACGGUGCCGAAGCCGAGGAUCCCACAGCGCGCGGCGCCGGAGCCGGGGACCGCACAGCGCGCGGCGCCAGAGCCGGGGACCGCACAGCGCGCGGCGCCGGAGCCGGGGACCGCACAAUGCGCUGCGCCCAAGCCGAGGACCUCACAGCGCGUGGCGUUUGACCCGAGGAUCACACAGUGCCCGGCGCAGAUAUCUUUCAACCCUGAUCUGCCCACGUACACGAGCCUGUUGCUAGCCAUAAAGGAGCUAGGUUCCGAGGUUAAAGUAUGUUAUACCAACUACAAGAUCCAUGCCGAGGUCAAAAAGCAGAUCGAGAAAGCCAGGAUUCUGGUCAAGCAGUGCCUUGACGAGGUCGAAAGCGCCAGGAAGAAGUGCCAGUAA